UUGUGAUCUGAUUAUUUGUCUGAACCUGAAGUCUGAAAGAUUUUGGAAUAUUUUCUUUUUCUAGAAGGCUCUUUUGAAGUUCUAAGAUUUUAGAAAACCAUCGUGAAGUAAUCGACUUAUUCCACCUACGGUAGUAUUUUAAUUGUUUCGUAGCAUUUUUCAGAGCUUCUUGUGAACAGUUCUCUUUAAAAGUAAAAUAAAUAAAUCAAGUGCUCAUACUACAUCCAAGAUGUCAUUGUUUGGGUCACUCCUAGGAGACAUCGACGAUGAUCCGUUUUUUGGAGGCCACAUGCGUCAGAUGAACAGGAUGAUGAGAAGUAUGAACUCCAUGUUCGGCCAGCCGCUGGGAGGUCUGAUGGGUCCGGGGAUGGGUUCAGAGUUGAUGCCAUUUGGCGGGGGUGGAGCCAUGAUGCCGUUUGGCUUCCCCAGCAUGAACAUGUUCCAGAGUAUGGACCCCAUGGGAAACAACCCCGCCUGCCACUCCUACUCCUCUAGCACUGUCAUGACGAUGACUAACGGACCUGAUGGCCGUCCACAGGUUUACCAAGCUUCGCAGUCUGUACGCCAAGGGCCCGGAGGUGUGAAGGAGACAAAGAAGUCCGUAGCAGACUCUCGGACAGGUGUGAAGAAGAUGGCGAUUGGCCACCACAUUGGAGAGAGAGCUCACAUCAUUGAGCGAGAACAGAACCUGCGGACUGGAGACCAAGAGGAACGACAAGACUACAUCAAUCUUGAUGAAGAUGAGGCUGAUGAGUUCAACAAUGAGUGGAGGGUGAAGGCCAACAGGCACUUCAACUCACGUCGGCCUCAAGCCGCUAUAGGCUAUCACUCAGCGCCAGACAGGUACUCUGGCAGUCGGCGUCACAGGGAUCUGCCCGCUCUGCCCUCCUCAACCUCGCAUGAAACUGUGACCAGCUCCCACUCCCCGCAGAAAUCCCUUAAGCGCCAUUUAGACGCUUCCGACGAUGACGCCUCUGAUUCAGAAGUGAAGCCAAAAAUGUCAAAGACCUCUAAAGAAGAAGUAGAAGAAGAAGAAGGCUCGAGUGAUGAAAAUGAAGAAAAAUGAAUUUAAAAGUGUAAUUGAUUUUUAAUACUUUAGUUGUAUUUUUUUCAUACAUUGUCAUCAAUCCUUACUCUUUUAUAUUUUGCUCUGUUUUAUGGAGUACGACAAGCUCUUGUAGGGUAAUUUCAUUUUGACCAUUCGUAAAGCUUUAUUGUGUAUCUUUGUAGAAAUGAGUGUGACUGUGUGAAAAACUAGGAUGUUCAUAUUCAGUAUAAACGGGUUUAGGGUCUACCCAGUAUUUGUGAGUGGUGAUUGAAUUUUGAGUGCUACCGGUAUGUAUUAUUUUAUGAUUUUUUUCUACUAUCGGAUACAUUUUUUAGCUACUUGAGCUCUUUUGAAAGUUAAAUAUAUACAUAAAUAAUUUGGAUUUGGUUGUGAAUAUAUAAUACUCAUACAGGAAGAAAAGGUUUAUUUUAUUGUUUUAGCAAGUGCUGCUUAUUGUUUUAAACUAUUAUCACAACUAACUAGUCUUUACAAAUUGAAUUGAAUAAGCAUUUUAACAUUGUAUUUAUUUUAGUUUUAUACUUGAUCAACUACAACAACUUAUCAUUGCAUUACUUCUAGGGCCAAAUUUGUUUAAUGAGGCUGAUCAAUUAAACGUCCAUCAAAAUUGUUGCAUUUUGUCUCUUACCUUGCUUGUAAUUUUUUAAGGAAAUACCACAUUUUGAGCUGAAGUCUGCUAAUUUUGAAACUUUCAAACUCUUACUAUUUUACUAUUUAAGUUACUAAGAAGAUCUGAUUCCUUUGUAAAUAUAGUAUCUAUGUGUUUUUGUCAUUUUAGAUAUCGUAAGCUUGAUGUUGAUUUCAUCCACCCAGUGUUUAUUAAUGGAGCUGGUGUUAUUUGGUGAGAAAGUAUUGUAAUUCAAUUAUCUUUUAUUCAAUAAACAUGUAAAUAUAU